CUGAGGUCCCCUGUCUCCCAGCACAGGGACUGACUCCUGUCUGGAUUCUCUAUCUGCCCCAGCAGGUGAUGGGACGGUGAGUGAGAACGAGGAGGAGAAUCCUCAGCAGGAAGGUCCUGAACAGGUGGAACCACAUAGGACAGUUUCGGGACUAUCCAAGGGGAACAUUUCCCAGAGAUCUGGGAGGGGAGACAGCUGUGAGAGUCAGAGCAGGCCAGAGAGACAGCAGAGAAACUAGCCAAGGAAAAUGAAAGGUAAAUCCACUCUUGUUGGGGAAGAUUUCACGGAAUUCAUUGAUGCCACAAUUCAGCAGAGAAUCAAUAUGGGAGCAAAACCUCACACGUGCCACAUCUGUGGAAAAACAUACAGAUCGAGCUCAUCCUUUACUAAACAUUGGAAACUCCACACAGGAGAGAAACGUUAUAAAUGUACCGACCGUGGGAAAAGUUUCAUUCAGAGCUCACACCUUAUGCAACAUCAGAGAAUCCACACUGGCAAGAAACCCUACAAUUGCAUUGACUGUGGGAAAAGCUUCAGUGACAGUUCGCACCUUAUUAAACACCAGAGAACCCACACGGGACAGAAGCCCUAUAAAUGCCCCGAAUGCGGGAAAAGCUUCUGUGACAGCUCAACGCUUACUAAACACCGGAGAAUCCACACAGGAGAGAAGCCCUACAAAUGCCCCGACUGCAGGAAAAGCUUUGGUCGGAGCUCAGACCUCAUUGUCCACCAAAGAAUCCACAUGGGAGAGCGGCCCUAUAAAUGCUAUGACUGUGGAAAAAGCUUCACAGAUCGAUCAACCUUUAUUAAACAUAAGCGAAUCCACACAGGAGAGAAACCAUAUAAGUGCCCCAAGUGUAGGAAAAGCUUCAGUGACAACUCAGCCUUUAUUCGGCAUCAGAGAAUCCACACGUGA